AUGUCUAAAAAGCAAAAUACAAAAGAUCCGUCUGGGUUUAUUUUUGAUGUGCAGUCCAAUACUGUGAUGGCCCAAGGAGGAACCUUUGAAAACAUGAAGGAGAAGAUCAGUGCGGUGCGUGCAAUAGUCCCCAACAGGAGCAACAAUGAGAUCGUCCUUGUGCUGCAGCAUUUUGACAACUGUGUGGACAAAACGGUGCAAGCCUUUAUGGAAGGCAAUGCCAGUGAAGUACUGAAAGAAUGGACUGUAACAGGCAAAAAAAAGAACAAGAAGAAGAAGACCAAACCGAAACCGCAAGCUGAAUCAAGCCCUGGCCUCCCAGACCCCAGUAAAUUGGUGUCCACUGAAGAGGAGCAGUCAGCAAACUCGGAGAAGGGUGGAAUUAACGGUUUCCAUGUCAACGGCUGCGCCCACGACACGGAGUCUGUGGACUCGCUCAGCGAAGGUUUGGAUGCACUUUCAAUUGAUGCCAGAGAGCUGGAGGAUUGCGAGUCUGCCGCGCCAGACAUGCCUGAUAGAACAGCAGUGCCUGAACUAGAGAAUGGAAUAGCAGACUUUGACACAAAAUCGCUCAUCAUGCAUCCUUCCCAGAGCCCUUCGUCUCUUAGACAGCGGCCUGAGCAGAGGAGCGCUAGCAGGUCUCUGUCCAGAUCAGCAGCGAGCAAUUCAACUCCUGCGUCCCUGUCUGUAACGCGGCUGGAAGAUGUUCCAGUUUCACCUGCAAACAAGAAGCUAGGUUCUAAUAUUGAAAAAUCAGUGAAGGAUCUCCAGCGCUGCACCGUCUCACUGGCUCGGUACCGGGUUGUGGUGAAGGAGGAAAUGGAUGCUUCCAUUAAGAAGAUGAAGCAGGUCUUUGCUGAACUGCAGAGUAGCCUUAUGGAUCGCGAGGUGGCGUUGCUGGCUGAAAUGGACAAAGUGAAAGCAGAAGCAAUGGAAAUCCUGGUCAGCCGCCAGAAGAAGGCAGAGGCCCUGAAGAAGCUGACCGAUGUGGCAGUGCGAAUGUCGGAGGAGCAGCUGGUCGAGCUCCGAGCCGACAUAAAGCACUUCGUGAGCGAACGGAAGUACGACGAGGACCUGGGCAGGGUGGCGCGGUUCACGUGCGACCUCGAGGCGCUGAAGAAGAGCAUCGCCGCGUUCGGGCAAG